UCUCUCUCUUCUAAGUUCUUUUUUGUUUAUUAUGAUAAAUAUUUUUUUUUAUAUUUUUAAUUUGGAAGUAGCUCUCUUUGAACUUUAGCCGGAAAAUCGAGUUGAAAAUUUUCUUCCUGGCCAAACGCAGCAGUGGGAGGGUGAAUCAAAUGUGAUGGGAGGUGGACUCUCGACCGCGUUCCCGUGCUUCACACCGGUGAACCGGACCAGGACGAACCAACCGGACCAUCAUCAGUCUCAACACGACUUGAUCUUCACUGCCUCAGAGCCUUUGGACGAAACCCUAGGCCACUCCUUCGUCUACGUUCGGAGCUCAGCUCGCUUCCUUUCCCCCACUCAGUCGGAUCGCUUCGUUUCCCCUUCUCAGUCGCUCCGAUUCUCGCCCCCUCACGAACCCGGUGCCGGGCUCGGACUUGCUCCGAGAGCCCGACCCGGAUUUCCCGAGACCGGGUUCAGGACAAUCUCAGGGGCCUCCGUGAGCGCCAACACUUCCACUCCCAGAACUGUCCUCCAGCUCGACAAUAUUUACGACGAUGCCACUGAGGCCACUCUUGGGGGUGGUGGUGUGAGGGGAAGUAUCGUUAAUGGGUUCGAGAGUACGUCGUCAUUUAGUGCUUUGCCUCUUCAGCCGGUUCCUAGAGGGGAAGAGCCCUCGGGUCCAAUGGAGCGCGGCGGGUUCUUCCUUUCCGGCCCAAUUGAGCGCGGUGCUCUCUCCGGCCCACUGGACCCUAACGUCGGUGGUGGAGGAGCCGGCCCGGAAAACUCUGGCCGGGUUCAUUUCUCGGCACCGCUUGGUACAGUUUAUGUGAAGAAGAAGCGGAAGAAGGGCAUUUCGGGGUUUCGGAAGGCGUUCUACAGGAACUUCUCGGAGAAGAAGCGGCCAUGGGUGGUUCCGGUGCUUAAUUUCGUGGGCCGAAAGGAGAGUUCGGCCAUGGGAGGAGACGAAAUCGAGUCCGAGGUGAAGAACGAGAGUAAUGUCCAGUGGGCACUUGGGAAAGCAGGGGAGGAUCGUGUACAUGUGGUCGUGUCAGAAGAACAGGGCUGGUUGUUUGUUGGGAUUUAUGAUGGGUUUAACGGUCCUGAUGCGCCGGAAUUCCUGAUGGGCAAUCUCUAUCGUGCCGUUUACAAUGAACUACAGGGCUUGUUUUGGGAGGUUGACGAAGCAGACGAAGCAAGCAAUAGCAACAGCAACCCACAAAAUGUGGCUGCGGAGGAGAAUGUAGUGGUGAUAGACCAGGCCAACCCAUCAGGGCUUAGAGAUGGUUCAACUUCUUUGCCUGUUGAUGGAGUUGUGGCGAAGAGAGUUACCUUUAAGCCAGAGGAGACAGAGAGAACGGAGACUAGAAGGCGCCGGCUUUGUGAUCUUCUCGCAGAGGAGGAGGCCGAAGAGGGGCUUGAUCUUUCGGGUUCGCAGAGGUUUGCGUUUUCUGUGGAUGAUGCUCUUAGUGUAAGCAAUGGUGGCUCCGCCGUGAGUAGAAGGUGGCUACUGUUGUCAAAGUUGAAACAGGGAUUAUCUAUACAUAGGGACGGUCAUGGUAAGAAGCUUUUCCCAUGGAGGUUUGGUUUGGAGGAUAAAGAGAAGGUUGAGGUUGAGGUUGAGAAUAGAGUAGAGGAGAGCUCUAAUCGGACAGGUCGAAGACGGAAGGAGGGUCCGGUUGAUCACGAAUUGGUAUUAGGGGCAUUGUCGAGGGGCCUUGAAUUGACUGAGCUUGCGUAUUUGGACAUGACGGAUAAGGUUCUUGAUACGAAUCCGGAGCUAGCUUUGAUGGGUUCAUGUUUGUUGGUUGUGUUGAUGAGAGACGAGGAUGUGUAUGUAAUGAAUGUUGGGGACAGUCGGGCUAUAGUUGCACAGUACGAACAGAAUGAUAUCGGUUCGAGUGCGGCAUCAAUAGGGCAGGGAGACAAUGGAUCGAGUGUGGAGGGCAUAAUUGAGGAGUCUUUGGCUGUAGGCGAAAGGGCAAUGAAGCUUGAGGACGAGACUCCUCCACAGGAAAUAGGAUUGACUGCAUUGCAGCUGUCCACUGAUCAUAGCACCAAUAUUGAAGAUGAAAUCAUUAGAAUCAAGAACGAACACCCAGAUGACAAACAUUGUAUAGUAAAUGAUAGAGUGAAAGGUCGACUUAAGGUUACCAGAGCAUUUGGGGCAGGAUUUCUGAAACAGCCCAAGUGGAAUGAUGCAUUAUUGGAAAUGUUUCGGAAUGAGUAUAUCGGUACUGCUCCAUACAUAUCAUGUUCACCUUCACUUCGUCACCAUAAACUCUGUCCUAGAGAUCAAUUCUUAAUACUCUCAUCAGAUGGUCUGUAUCAGUAUUUUAGCAAUGAGGAAGUGGUUUGUCAUGUUGAGAACUUCAUGGAAAAGUUUCCUGAUGGUGACCCUGCACAACACCUCAUUGAGGAGCUUCUAUACCGUGCAGCAAAGAAAGCAGGAAUGAAUUUCCAUGAUUUACUAGACAUCCCGCAAGGAGACCGGAGGAAGUACCAUGAUGAUGUUACAGUAAUGAUUAUAUCACUAGAAGGAAGAAUUUGGAAGUCAUCAGGAAAGUACCUUUGAACUUACUACUGCACAAUCCAUCUACUUAAUAGGUGCUACUGCAGUUCAAUUUUCUACAAGUGAUAAUAUAUUGGAAGCGGUAAGGAAAUCUUUACUGCCGAUCCAUUAGGGUUUUUUUUCUCGUUUUUCUAUUCGCUGUCUUACAGCAGCACAAGCAUACAGCUAAAUAGGUGGGGGGGCCUCAGGAUGAAAAUUGAGAAUUUGCAAGUGGGUUUGAUGGGAAAUGCUCUUUAGGUCGAAAAAGGAAAAGAAAGAAGAAGAAAAAAGUAUUUUUUUUUGGGGACCUCAUUUUAACUUAUGUUCUAAAAUAGAAAUAUAUUGUGUAGAUGCCUGCCUUUUCCAUUUCAUCAUUGCCGCUUCUUAUAUUUUGAAGCCAAAAAAAGAAAAAGGGGGAAAAAUAGUCUGUAAAAAUUGGUGGGGGUACAAAUUUACUUACUGAAAAGUUGAGAGCAUUUCCUUCUUCUCAAUGUUAACUUUGAAGGUGGGUUUUCCACCAUUGCGGAUUAAAAGAGUUGAAAUUUUUGCCAAACAUCCAUUUGGUGAUGAUACUGAAACUACUGCCACCACUGUUGUGGCUUGAAAAUUUCCCUGGCUAUAUAUGUUAAAAUGAAUGAAUCAUAAUCAACCAUAUGUUUGGAACCCA